AUGGCCGCCACUAAAGAAUCUUCAUCGCGCUGGGCGCUAUUGAUUGGAAUCAACUAUUACCCUCAGGAUCGCCAUCCUCAUGGCAGUGUCGACGAUGUUAACGACAUCAGGGCCUAUCUUGAACAGCACAGCGCUACGGCAAUCCAUACAUCCGUGCUCACAGCCACUGUGCCCAAGGAUCAUCUAUCCACUCAAGAUCCACCAGAGACACCCGAUGCGAGGCCAACCAGGGCGAAUGUUUUAAAGCAGCUUCGCUUAAUCAUUGAUUCUACGACACCGAGCGAUCAUGUGUACAUCCACUUCUCCGGGCAUGGUACUCAAUUACUGUCGGACGGCAACAUUGGCGGAACUGGCUUUGGUGAGCCAAGCCUUGUUCUUUAUGAGAAUGGUGAGCAUGGUGCUAGCUACUUUCGUGGGCGCUUUCUAGCACAGGCUCUCAAACGAAUGGUCGACAAAGGUCUCAUUGUCACUGUCGCCUUGGACCGCUGUUUUUCGGGCGCCGUGACUCGAGGCGACCGAGUCCGGGCUAUGGAGUACGAGGCGCUUGAUGCCGACAGAGCUGAACAGGAGCGAGAAUGCAAAGACGCCAUAGGCAUUCCUGGGCGUGAUGCAAGAAUUGAUAGAGAUUGACUUGUCAAUCCCGAAGGUUACACGAUCAUCACAGCUUGUGGUCCCCACGAAAAAGCCAUGGAAGUCCUUGUCAACAAGACCCAGAAACGAGGCGCACUCACUCAUCACCUUCUGAAAGCCCUUACGACCUUGACAAAGGUGAACGAGGAUGUGUCGCACCAAUCGCUCCACGGAACGGUUGUUUCAAUGAUGCAGGCCUCAGGUAUACACGAUAGAAGGUUCGAGAAUAUUUAUCCAGGCGGGGCAAGUCCAUGGGAUCUCUGUCGGAGAUGAGUUCACUGUUCAGAACUGCGUUUCAGCUACCUCGAGUCGAAACUAUCGUUCGAGGGUCAAAUUCAGAGUCUCCAAGGUUUGGUCUUUCGAGUCUGAGCUAACAGCUGCCCAUGAUAAAAGAACAUCAUCACCAUCUUCGCCUUUCAGCAUGAAAGAGCCUUGCUAUCUUGCGUCGAACUUUGUAACAACCCUGCCGGAAGCCAUACCUUGAUACGUUGAGAUGAAACAGUGGAUAUUUGUGAGGCCUUCAAGGUACCUAGAUCUAUCUGCAGGGGGCUACACAAGGCGACUCGUGAGCUAUGAAACAGCUGGAUGAGACAAAGACAGAGUUGCCAAAACAUAAGAGGUGCUGUUGUAUCUGAUGGCGACGACGCAGCCAACGAUUCGAUAUUGCGUUCAGUCAGAGACGCAGCUUUGAUUAGCAGCCCGAGCAAUAACUACGGUUGAGCUGAUUGGGCGCCUUAUUUACACUAUGGAGUAUAGAUACUUUAGCUUGUUACCCUUGCAGGUUAUCAACUUGGUGUAUUUCAAGAUAUUUGUACGUACGAAGCCUAGUUGGCAUAGAGCACAUCGUCAUUGGCGACUGCUGGGGU